AAGAAAUUCAAAUUUAGCAGCUGUGUUCAUAAAACCGUGUUUACAAAUACGUCCGAAUAUUUAAUUUCCUAUAUAGCCAGAAAAUGCAAUAUUAUGUUAAGCAUAUAUUUGUUAGCAAGGUCAAAGAAACUCGUGUCCAGGAUAAUCAUCAGAUUAGAAAAAAAAUGCUACAUGCAACUGUACCAUACAACACAACAACACUUCUUCCAACAUCGACGCUGUUUACCAAUAAUUUCACAACCACCCAAGAUUCCGCAUCUGUCAGUGAAUACCCAUUUGGUCAUACCUUAAGUAAAAACUUCGCCAUCUUUGUUGCUUUUUGUUUUCUGGUCAUAAUUAUAACAUCAGUUAUCUGCAACACAGUGUUGAUUUUCAUUAUCGUUUCUGUUAAAAAACUGCACUCCGUCACACAUGUUUUCAUUAUAAAUUUAGCAGUCAGUGACUUGAUCACCGUAUUAGGAACAAUCCCGUUCGAUGUAGAACUAAUGUUAAAAGGCUACUUUCCACAUGGUAAAAUAGCAUGCGGUGUAAUGCAGACCACGUUUCUUAUAUCGCUACCAUCUUCGGUCCUGAAUUUAACUUUACUGACUGCAGAGAGGUAUAUAUCAGUUGGAUACCCUUUUUACAGUCUUACAUUUUUAUCCAAGCAAAGAGUGAUUAUCGCUUUGUUGACAACUUGGUGUUAUACAUUCAUCGUUGCUUUAUUUCCUACGUUUUACAACCCAAGUGCUAUCCGUGUGUACUAUGGUUUCUGCUACCUCACAUACCCUUACUUUUACGAUAUAUUUCAACUGAUUGCUAACUUUCUGUUACCUAUUGUAUUCAUUUGUUACGCAAAUAUAGCUUUGUUUUUAAUAUCCAGAAAACAUGCACAGCGUAUUCGACGCUUUAGUACACGUCUUGGAUCUUUUGUCGGCAACACUGACGAGAAAAAGACUAUGGUUAAAAGCCGAAGAAAAAGUUUCAGCAACUUUGGUGCUAAUAUUAAAGCAGCAAAACGUAUCGCUUUACUUGUCGGCGUUUUUUUGUUUUGUUGGUUGUCGUAUAUUAUUCUAGUGACGACAAAUAUUUUGUGUGACGUUUGUCAUCCUAGGGAGUUGACGUGGAUGGGUAACGUCGUUAAUUAUUCAGCAAGUGCUAUAAAUCCACUACUGUAUGGUUUAUUAAACAAAGCAGUACGUGAAGAAGUUGUCAGAACGUUCCAUGUAAUUAUUGGCCAUUGCUUUAAAGAACACGAUCAAAAAAGAAAUCGUUCAAAAACUCUUAUUGUUAAACUCUAUAACGGCGAGGAGUUGGAAGUAUGUCGUGAAAGAACGCCGAUAAGGGUUAGCAACAAUUAAUCAACCUCUUACCCAGGGACAAUUGAUAUCAUAUGGAAGAAUCUAUAUUCAUUAUUUUAUUUAUUAUUGUUAUAUUUAUUUUUUAGCAUGUUAAUUUUAUUUAUAUAUUUCACUUUAAAAAUAUGACGUAAUCGCUUGCAUUUGAUUAGUUAAUACACACAAUUCAGUUAGCA